AAGUCUGGCAAAGCCUACCCUCCUCCCACAUGUGAGCUCCAUCGAAAGCACCACGCGCAGCAGGCGGAGAGAGAACCGGUCUGGAAGGCAACGUCAUUCCUCGGACCACCGACUCAUCGUAGCAGAGCGGAGCGGAGCGGCGUUGUCCGAGGCAGGUGCUGAAGCUGUUAUAGCGGAAAGAUGGCGGACGACCCUAGCGCAGCGGACAGAAACGUGGAGAUAUGGAAAAUCAAGAAGCUGAUCAAAAGUUUGGAAGCGGCCCGCGGCAAUGGCACCAGUAUGAUCUCACUGAUCAUCCCUCCAAAGGACCAGAUAUCCAGAGUAGCCAAGAUGUUGGCCGAUGAGUUUGGCACCGCAUCGAACAUCAAAAGCAGAGUCAACCGGCUCUCUGUUCUUGGGGCCAUCACAUCUGUACAGCAAAGACUAAAACUGUACAACAAGGUGCCACCAAAUGGUUUGGUUGUGUACUGUGGCACCAUUGUCACAGAAGAAGGAAAAGAGAAGAAAGUUAAUAUUGACUUUGAACCUUUUAAGCCAAUCAACACUUCCUUGUACCUCUGUGACAAUAAGUUUCAUACGGAGGCAUUGACCGCUCUACUCUCAGAUGACAGCAAGUUUGGCUUCAUUGUGAUUGAUGGCAGUGGUGCACUAUUUGGUACACUACAGGGGAAUACCAGAGAGGUACUGCACAAGUUCACAGUAGACCUUCCCAAGAAGCAUGGGAGAGGAGGACAGUCUGCUCUUCGUUUUGCUCGUCUGAGAAUGGAAAAGAGACACAACUAUGUGAGGAAAGUGGCUGAAACAGCAGUGCAGCUCUUUGUUUCCAAUGACAAAGUUAAUGUUGCAGGAAUGGUCCUGGCUGGAUCUGCUGAUUUCAAAACUGAGCUCAGCCAGUCUGACAUGUUUGAUCCAAGGUUACAAGCCAAGGUAUUGAAGCUAGUGGAUAUUUCUUAUGGAGGAGAGAAUGGAUUUAACCAGGCUAUAGAGCUAUCAGCAGAAGUCCUCUCAAAUGUCAAGUUCAUCCAGGAGAAGAAGCUCAUAGGACGAUACUUUGAUGAAAUCAGUCAGGACACAGGAAAAUACUGUUUUGGGGUGGAAGACACACUCAAAGCCUUGGAGAUGGGAGCAGUGGAGAUCCUUAUAGUCUAUGAGAACUUGGACACCAUGCGCUACAUUCUACGUGUGCAUGGGGCUGAAAGCAAUGGAGCAGAAAAUGAUGAGAAGACUUUGUACUUAACGCCAGAGCAAGAAAAAGACAAAUCUCACUUCACAGACAAAGAGACGGGGCAGGAACAUGAGCUUAUUGAGAGCAUGCCAUUGUUGGAGUGGUUUGCCAACAAUUACAAGAAAUUUGGAGCCACCUUGGAGAUUGUCACAGACAAGAGUCAAGAGGGUUCCCAGUUUGUCAAGGGCUUUGGAGGCAUUGGGGGAAUCUUGCGGUACAGAGUGGAUUUCCAGGGCAUGGAGUACCAAGGAGAUGAUGAUGAGUUCUUUGAUUUGGAUGACUACUAGGUAGUCGGUGACUGAUAUUGGGAGAAAAACACGAAAUGGAAUUAAUGAAGAAUUAAGGAGAGGCCUCUCUUGCAGCAAUUGAGAGGUGCAACAGCAUUGACCUGACUGUAUACAGUACAAUAUGAGACCCAUUUUCCAAAUUUUCUGUUGCGUAUGAUGUGAACACAGAUCUAGUGUACACAUUACAGAAUACAUCACACAGGCUGAAGAGGAGUGUAAUUUCCAGUGAGGGAGAAGGCCCUUCCUGAAUAAAUCCCUGCCUUAGAGUGCUGGUUCCUUCCCCAGUUGGAUUGGACUUGACUCAUUUUCUUAUUUUUUUUUUCCUGCUCCCCUCCAUUUUGAACGAACACAACAGCAAGUUCCCAGAUUCGCCGCUGCCCUUUUCCUGGUCUAAAGAUGAACUUUGGACUAUACAAAAGUAUAUUUUCCUCCAUUGCCUCAUAAUGUCCUUCCUCUUCUCUUCUAUGCUUUCUCUCUAUAUUUUGCAUUUCAUUUUUUUACUGGUAACUGCUGCUGUUGUAUUUUAUGAGAGUGGGGGAUUUUUUUUACCUGGGUUUCUGUAGAGAAAGGGGGACAAAGUAUUAAAUUUAAACUGCUGAAAACCA